AUGAGUGACGAUGACGAGGAGGCACAAUCUCUAGGCCAAUCGCAGGACCCGAGCUUCCUCAGGCGUCUUGCCGGCCCCUCUGCACACAAAGUCGGGUAUGGAAUUGACCAGGCUGAAAUAAACCGCCGCAUUGCUGAAGCUUCAAAGGGCUCAAAGUUCUAUGAGAACGAGAAACGACGGGAUGCGGAUUGGACAGAGAGAAUCAACAAGCUUUUAGAACGACGCGAUGAACUUCUGAGAGAAUCGGACAUAGCUCGAGUAGAAGCGAAGGUCGAUCGAGUGUUCGCUGAAAAGGAAUCAAGAAGAGAUUUGAGUCAGACAAUUGUCCAUGUAGACAUGGACGCAUUCUUUGCCAACGUUGAGCUUCAGCAUAAUCCCGAUCUUAAGGAUAAACCCUUCGCAGUUGUUGGACUAGGUGUUGUUACAACAGGUUCUUACGAUGCGCGAAAGUUUGGAGUACGCGCAGGUCAACCCGAGUACAUUGCGAAGAGACUAUGCCCAGAUCUAAUACUCGUACCUGUGGAUUACAAGCGUGUCGCCGUGGUAUCCGAGAAGGUUAUGGAUGUGUGCAAACGAUACGAUCCUAAUAUGUACAUCGCGGGAUGUGAUGAGGCUUAUCUAAAUAUCACGAAGCAUCUGGAGGACCAUAAGCUUUCCGCGGCUGAAUGCGUUGAAGAGCUACGUUCUAAGAUAUGUGAAGAAACGAAUUUGACAGCGAGUGCUGGCAUCGCUCCGAAUAUGAUGCUAGCAAAGAUCUGUUCCGACAGGAACAAACCCAACGGCCAAUUUCAGAUGCCCUUUACGCGUGAGGCAGUCAUGGAAUUUAUGCGAGAUCUUCCUGUUCGGAAGGUUCCCGGAAUAGGACGUGUGGGCGAAAGAGUAUUGGAGGCAAUCGGUGUUAAGACCUGCGGGGACAUACGAGCAGCUCGAGCAAUCAUAUGGCUCAUGCCUAGGAAGUUCGCAGUCGAUUUUCUUUUUGAGACUCAUCUAGGGCUAGCGCCAACCGUGGUAAAGCCGUAUCAGCGGGAAGAACGCAAGAGUGUCGGUGUUUCAAGAACAUUCAGAGCAGUACAGACGAAAGAGGCAAUAUUCCAAAAGCUGGAAUAUAUAGCAUCGCUUCUAGAACGCGACCUUGAGACUGAGGGCUGGGUUGGGAAGAUCGUCAUUCUAACGUACAAGCUUGACACGUUUCGAGUUCACACUCGUAGAGCAACAUUCGAGCGAUGGAUCUCAAAGAAAGAGGAUCUUUUUAACAUAGGGAAAGAUCUAAUAAAACCAUACCUACCGCUCCGAGUUCGACUCCUUGGUUUGAGGGUUACCGAUCUCAUUGACCUCCGUGCCCCCACAGAUCAGGGGAUAAAACGAUACUUUGGAUCAGAGCGAGAUGAAGGUUCGCCGUCAAAAAGGAGAAAGUUAACUCCACAAACGGACAUAUCAAAUGAGGCUUCGCACAGCCCAUCUAAACAUCGUACGACUGACAGACUUCUGGAAGGCUCAAUUUUCAAACCCAUUGUUGUGGAUGAAGAAGAAAAUGAGGAGGAAGAACUUGUCGGCGAAGCAGGCGAAGAUGAAGACGAACUCGAAGAGGAAGAUGACCAUCUAUUGGAGUCCGAACUGCCAGUUACCGCGCAGGAUGAGCAGGACAGUAAGCAUAUGCCAUCUUUUCGAUAUAGGGGCCCAGUUGGGGCUACGGGAAGCGUUGUUAAGAUAGGGAAUGACAAACCAAAAACGAAACCGUCACCCAAGAAGCCGAGCAGCACGCAUCUGAUCACUCCGAGUAGGCCUGAUUCACCGCCGCCUCAACAGAAGCGGAGUAAGAGCGAGCAGCCAUUGCCAGACAGAGAAAAUUCAAAGAGUAGAACACAUGGGAUGGGGCUGAAUGCAUCCGACGCCAAUCGAGCUGCUUCUGCUCAGCCCUCGUCCUCAAGUCGUGAUGCGCCUGCGACUGUAAGCCCAGGUCAAAGACAUGAGGCAGUGAUGUGUCCGAUCUGCUCACGCGAGCUGGAGACGGAUAACUCUGGUCUCAACGCGCACAUCGAUUUUUGCCUAAGCAGGCGAGCAAUUAUGGAGGCGUCGGCUGCCGCCGUAUCAACCAUACCAGUCCUUCAAGCGCGGAAUGCGAGGAAAUUCACGGAUAAAGGUAAAGGCACACCAUGAUGAACGC